AUAUCAAUUGGUCGGUCAAUGCAUAUUUUUCUAAGAAUCUGCACGGUAAGUAAACGCUCAUUUUGAUAGUUGCAAGUAUAAAUUCUCACACAAAAACUUGUUUGGAUGGAAGGAAAAUCAGUCACUGGAGAAUAAAAAAAAAGAAGCAAAAAAUGGAAAAAUGAUUAUACAGGUACAACAAACAUACUCCGUCUCACUCUGCUCCUCCUCCGCCUAUAACUCCGCCAACCGCCGCCGUUGCUGCCUAAUUGGAGUGAGAGUGAGCGACGGAGUCGAAAGAGGAGCAACGAUGUCGUAUGCUAAUUGGCUCCUCUUCCCCAGAUUUCCAUCAUUGUCCACCGUGUCCACCACCUGCAGAAGCAGCAGCAAUUGGAUGAUGAGGAGGAGAGAGAGCAGCAACGACGUCGAAUCAUCAUCUUCUUCUUCGAGAUCUUCUGGGCGCUGUGCAGCCGCCUCGGGUUCUGCACCGCCGCCGCCAGUUCCGCCAGAUACAGAAAAGCAGAGGGAGGUGCCUGAACUGCAGACGCUUCUCCGAAGAUUCUGGAAGGUGGCGGCUCCCUAUUGGUCCUCCUCCGACAAGGUGCAAGCGAGGAUCCAGCUCGCCGUAGUCUUCGCUCUCACUCUCGCCACCACCGGCAUCAGCGUCGGCUUCAGUUUCCUCGGCCGCGACUUCUAUAACGCCCUUGCCAACAAGAACCAAGAACAAUUCACGAAGCAGCUGCUUUACUACUUGGGUGCAUUUGCUGUCGGAAUUCCGGUGAGCACCAAUUGUUGCACUUUCACUCAGUUACCCACCCCUCAGCUUAGUUUUUUGGGAAAGUGCUACUUGAUAAAAAUUGACCGUACGAUGAACAAUGGAUACACCGGUUUCGAGGAUCGCCAGGAUCCCCACCUAAUGCAUCCGAAGGGGAUCCUCUUCCAGAAAUCCGAAGUGACGUGGUGGUGGGUGUUUCCACUUCUUUGCAUUUUGAUCAUCGCCAAUGGGUUCAUAUUCGUAUGGUUGUUAUUUUUGUGUUGCGAUUAUGCAAGACAAACUCUUUCGUUGAGGUGGAGAGCUUGGAUGACAAAACAUUACAUGGACCGUUACCUAAGCAACCAAGCCUUUUAUAAAAUUCAAUCCCAAUCAAUCAUUGAUAAUCCAGAUCAGCGCAUUGUUGAUGAUCUAAGUUCGUUCACAGAAACUGCCCUAUCCUUCUCCUUAACAAUUCUCAAUGCUGUGGUAGAUCUCAUCUCGUUCAGUAAUAUCUUAUUCAGUAUCUAUCCUCCGCUGUUUGCUGUUCUAUUUGUAUAUUCAAUUGGUGGAACAGCUAUAAGUAUCUAUCUUGGAAAGGAUUUGGUUUCUUUAAACUUCAUGCAAGAGAAAAAGGAAGCUGAUUUUCGUUAUGGACUUGUGCGCGUCAGAGAAAAUGCUGAAUCCAUUGCUUUCUAUAGUGGUGAAGCAAACGAAAUGCAACUUUUGCUACAACGCUUCACAAGUGCUUUCAAAAAUAUGAGUAAAUUGUUGAUAUGUUCAAGAAAUCUCGAGGUUUUCACCAGUGGAUACAGCUAUCUUAUUCAUAUUCUUCCCGCUGCUGUUGUUGCCCCUAUGUAUUUCUCAGGCAAAAUUGAGAUGGGUGUCAUUGAUCAGUCAACAUCUGCUUUCAGUCAUAUUCUUGGAGACUUCUCCCUUAUUGUCUACAGAAUGGAGACUAUCAGUGCAUUUGCAGCUGUAAUUGAUCGACUUGGUGAAUUUGAUGAUCUAUUGGAUAGCAGCAACUCAGAACGUCAUUCUGACCCCUCAGAAGGGAUAAGUUUGAUACAUAGUAACGUCAAAAGCUUACCAGAACUGGAGUCAAAUGGAUCCAUUCCCAUAGAAAAGCAACAAAAGUUAGUGGAUAUAGAGCACUUGACCGUGGAGACUCCAAGUGGUACUGCAUUGGUUAGGAAUUUAUCAUUGGUAAUCAACAAGAAUGAGCAUUUAUUGGUAACAGGACCAAGUGGGAGUGGUAAAACAUCUUUGUUAAGAGCUAUGGCUGGUCUUUUUAGUACUGGAAAAGGAAAAAUCAUUUUCCAUGUGAACUACCGAGAAGACAACCAACCAUCCAUUUCUUCUGAUGUAGUAGAUCCUGAGGUAGAUACUGUUAGUGAUAAAUAUGGGGAACUUCGGAGGCCCUCGAAUAGGAAUUAUAAAGGCAUAUUUUUCCUUCCUCAAAGACCAUAUAUGGUAUUGGGAACACUUCGCCAACAGUUGCUUUAUCCUAUAUGGGCUGAGGAUGCAAUUUCCACAGCGGACGGUACUAAACCAACUGGGUCACUUCCUUUCUUGACGCAGGAACCAAAUUCGAAACAUAUGAGUGAAAAGCCUAGUAAGCCCACAACGGAGGACCUGAUACAGGUUUUGGAGGAUGUCCGACUUGGCUAUAUAUUAUCCCGAUUCAGCAGUUUGGAUACUUCAUAUGAAUGGUCUAGUGCUCUCUCCCUUGGAGAGCAGCAACGCCUUGCAUUUGCUCGUUUACUGCUUUCGAAACCACGAUUGGUUCUACUGGAUGAAUCUACCAGUGCUUUAGAUGAAGCCAAUGAGGUUCAUAUAUAUCAGCAGAUUGAAAAGGCAGGCAUAACAUAUAUAAGCGUCGGUCACCGGCAAACUCUAUACGACUUCCACAAGAAGAACUUACGGAUCUCCACCGCGGAACCCAGUAGCGCCGAACCCAAUUGGAGCAUUGAAUCCAUCAAUCGAGAAACAUUAUACAACUUAUGAAACGUAUAAUUGCAGCUGCCUUUUCUUACAUUAGGUCACUUGUUUGUUCUGUUUCUCUGGUGUGUUGCAAGUGUUUUUGGGUCCUUUGUAUCAUAAGUAGUUUCUGCAAAACUUUCUACGGUUUAUAUUAUAAAACUUAGAACACUUAAGGUUUUCAGCUGAAUUUGCCUAUCCAUAUAAUGAUGGAUUACAAAUUACAGAAGGGUUUUGAAAAAACCCCAUUUA